UUCUGGCAAUCCGCUUCACACUCGAUCCAGCCGUAUCCGCACCCAGACGCCUUUUUUGCAGCCCUGCCGCAGCAUCGUUCUGUGAUCGACGGGGUUAGUGAGCGACUACUGUCCCACCACCGUCCACUGCUACAAAAACAUCUUCUCCCAGCCCAGUCCUCGCUCAGCCUCGUCGCCGCAUCCCAGCUGCAUACUGCACCUCCCCCACGUCGACCCUUUUUACCAAUCCUUCCAUACACAUACACAUAUACCAGCAAAAAUGGUGUCAAGGGCAUUGGCCAUGGGCCUCCGCGUCUGGCAGUUGAUCUGCGCCAUCAUUGUCACCGCAUUGAUGGGUAACAACAUUGCGCGUGCCACGGCCGGAACCCACUCAAUCAUCAACUACUCGCUCUUCGUCGGCGUCUGGUGGCUCCUCACCCUCCUCUACUUCCUGCCCGCGUCCUUCAUCGAAAGGUUCAGUAUUCCCGUUGUCGACAUUGCUCUCGAUGCCCUCAGCGUCAUCUUUGGCUUCUGCGCCGCCGUCGCACUUCCCUCGUACAUUGGUGCCCACAGCUGCUCCAACUCCGCAUACACGCAUUCCAACAAAGUCCUCAACAGCUCGCCAAACACUGAGCAAAACUGCCGUCAAGCCCAGGCCACCACAGCCUUCCUCUGGUUCGGAUGGGCUGCCUUUGUCGCUACCCUCGCCGUCAGCCUCAUGAAUGGCCGUGGCAGCGGCGCCAACCUCCGUAGCACCCGCCGUGGUCCCGCCAUGAGCCAGGUCUAGGAUACCUGCAGAAUGUACUCAGACGCCUCUUGGAACACACGAUCAGACACCACCAGUGUCUGAACUUCAACCACAGUCGCUGCGUUGCACUCCGACUCUUGUAUGAUAGGAACACGACGAUGAUGAAUACAACAUCGCGCUGGAUGCUGAUGUUGCAUCAUGGUGAGGUGUUUACGAAUUGGAUGGGUUUUAUGGAUACGAGUAUACACAUGACUUUGUUUACCAGCCGGCGUGUUUUUACAAUAUUAUGAUCUUUCUAAGCGACCGUAGUUACACAUGACCUUCCAUAGCUAAUAUAUGAUUCCACUCA